AUGAGUGGAUGUCCGUACUUUGAGAAGAGGCAUUUGUUAUUCAGAAACAAGCCUCCCACAACAGAAGAAGAGCAGGAGGAUGCCUCUCAGGCAGGGGUUAACAAGGCCAGUAAAGGAGGAAUCAUCUAUGGAGACUACCUGCAGCUCGACAAAAUAGUCUCAGCCCAGGUGUUGCAGAGCGAAGUCAAGGGUAAUAAGAUCCACGAUGAGCACCUCUUUAUUGUCACUCAUCAAGCUUAUGAACUGUGGUUCAAACAGAUUUUGUUUGAACUCGACUCAGUGCGAGAGAUCUUCAUCAGUGGACACGUCCGAGACGAACGCAACAUGCUCAAAGUCAACACUCGCAUCCACAGGAUCGUGAUGAUCUUCAGACUGUUGGUCGACCAGUUCGCCGUGUUGGAAACAAUGACAGCCUUGGACUUUUUUGACUUUAGGGAUUACCUGUCUCCAGCCUCUGGAUUCCAAAGCCUUCAGUUUCGGAUCCUGGAGAACAAAAUCGGGGUCCCGGACAACCUGAGGGUUCCAUACAACAGACGCCAUUACAGGGACAAUUUCAAGGGUCAGGACAGUGAGAGGCUGCUUGCCACUGAACAGGAGCCAACACUCUUAAAACUGGUCGAGGAAUGGCUGGAGAGAACUCCUGGCUUGGAGGCGGAUGGAUUCAAUUUCUGGGAAAGGCUGCAAAUCAAUAUAUUUGAUGGGCUGAAUCAGGAGAAGGAGAAAAUCGAGAAAAUAGCAGAUUUAGAGGAGAAGGAGGAACUGAUGGCUGAGCUGGUCAAACAGAGAGAGCUGUUCACGUCUCUGUUUGAUGAAAAGCGCCAUGACCAUCUCCUCAGCAAAGGUGAGAGGCGUCUCUCUUACAAAGCUCUCCAAGGUGCUCUGAUGAUCUACUUCUACAGGGAAGAGCCGAGGUUCCAGGUUCCUUUCCAGCUGUUAACAUCCCUCAUGGAUAUUGACACCCUCAUGACAAAAUGGAGAUACAAUCACGUAUGCAUGGUGCAUCGCAUGAUUGGCAGCAAAGCCGGCACGGGGGGCUCAUCUGGCUACCACUACCUGAGAUCCACUGUCAGUGACCGCUACAAAGUGUUUGUGGAUCUGUUCAACCUGGCAACGUUCCUGGUGCCUCGCCACUGGGUGCCCAAGCUAAAUCCCAACGUUCACACGUUCCUCUACAUGGCCGAAUGCUGCGACAGCUCCUACUGCAGCAGUGAAGACUCCGACUAG